AUGGCAACUCAAAACCCUGACAAAAAAUCAUCCCUCUACCCACAAGUAAUCCAAUCAGAUCCUGAGCCUUUAUUCACCUCCUUCUCUUCUACCUCAUGCUCAAAUCUCUACCCCAAAAUUGUUCCAGAAGACCUCGUCGAAAACCUUUUUCCUGAACAUGAACAUUCACAACAACAAUAUACACGCGCGCAAUUACACACUCACGCGCUACCCUCCGCCCCACCAGAGGUUAUUGAGCAAGUUUUGGUAAAAAUCCCAGGUGCUAUUGUUAAUCUAAUUGAUAAAAACUAUAGUAUAGAGCUUGCUGCCGGAGAUCUCUACAUCAUUAGGCUUAUUCAAGGAAAUAAUGUUGUGGCUGUUCUAGCCCGAGUUGCUGAUGAAAUCCAGUGGCCAUUGGCUAAGGAUGAGGCUGCUGUUAAGCUUGGUGAUUCCCAUUAUUUUUUCUCCCUUAGGUUGCCUAAGGAGAGUUGCCUAUCGGAUUCGAGCGAUGAGGAGGAUGAUAAGAGGGAGAAAAGGGGUGGUGAUGGGGAUAAUAUAUUGAAUUAUGGAUUGACAUUUGCCUCGAAAGGGCAAGAAAGGCUGUUGUUGGAGUUUGAUGAGCUUUUGGGGAGUUAUAGUUGUUUUUCGGUGCAGAAAAUAUCCGACAAUGCGAAGGAAUUGUUGGAUGAGAAGGCGGCGAAGGAUAUUUCGCCAAUGGAUUUGAAGUUAGGAGGGAAAAAGAAGGAGAUUUUGGAGGGGAAAUGUGCUGCGUAUUGGACUACAUUGGCUCCUAAUGUGGAGGAUUAUAGUGGGACUGCUGGUAAGUUGAUUGCGGCAGGGUCAGGGCAGUUGAUUAAGGGGAUUUUGUGGUGUGGAGAUGUGACUAUGGAUAGGUUGAAGUGGGGGAAUGAGGUUAUGAAGAAGAGGAUGGACCCGAAGGAGAAAUCGGAGAUUAGUCCUGAUACUUUGAAGAGGAUCAAAAGGGUUAAGAGGAUGACGAAAAUGACUGACAAAGUAGCAAAUGGACUUCUCUGUGGGGUGGUGAAAGUAACUGGAUUUUUCACAGGUUCUGUUGCAAACUCAAAACUUGGCAAGAAAUUCUUUGGCCUUCUGCCAGGGGAAAUUGUCCUUGCAUCCCUGGAUGGAUUUAACAAGGUGUGUGAUGCUCUUGAAGUAGCUGGACGAAAUGUGAUGUCAACAUCAUCCACUGUGACAACUGAACUUGUCUCCCACAGGUAUGGUGAAGAAGCAGCUGAAGCUACAAAUGAAGGGCUUGGUGCUGCAGGGCAUGCAAUUGGGACUGCAUGGGCCGCAUUCAAAAUCCGAAAGGCAUUUAACCCAAAAAGUGUACUGAAACCCAGUUCACUGGCCAAGUCCGCUGCUAAAGCUGCUGCUGCUGAGAUAAAGGGAAAAAAAUCCAAGUAA